AUGGCCGGAAAACGAAAAGCCCCCUCUUUCAAGGGUGUUGGCAAACUUCCUAAAAACGCAACUGACCUUCAAAGGCUUGUACACGACCGCAGAAAGACAGAACUAAAAGAAACUAAGUGUCGACUCCAAAGCUUGCUUGGACAAUCAUCUUUGUCCGACGGAACUUUUGCUCCUCGCAACAAAAAUACCGGAGACAAUGACUUAACACUGGAUGAUACUCACAAUGAUAACUUCGGCCCACCGACGCAAGAGGACUCAGGCGGCUGGAUGGACAUAGACGAGCCGAUCCAUGGCGACGACAUGGUAGUCGAAGAGGAAGAUCCCCUAGUCACGUUGCUCAACAGUUCGUAUGCUCAGGCUCGAAGGCUGGAACAAGAAAAACGCUGGAUACGACAGUACCAGCUGAACCUCCCAAUAUUUUUGGCCUGCCGAGAUCGUACCUCGAACUGGUGCAAUCCAAGUGAAGCUCUGCGUGAUGCUAAGCCUCCAUGUGAAUGCCGAGGGAAGGACCGUAGUAUACGAUUAGUGGACUUGCUUGAUGUUUCAUGUAGAUUAAUCCAAAUGGGUUAUAUGGGAGCUUCGCCUGUACACCCUAGGACAGCAUUCAGUUUGGGUAUGCUUCGCAUACAUCAUAUCCUCUGGAAGUACUGCUGUGUCCGGACUGAGCCGUUUGCCCUGGCUCUAGAUGAGUGGCUAGACGGGUUUUGCCCAGUGAUUACCUCCAAAAGAACCAAUCGGGCUCGGGAGUGGAGAAAACCCCUGAGUGCAGCAGCAGAUGCAUAUCGAAGGCUGAUAACGGCUGUUCGCAAACGGGAGCUUACUCUACUGAAACUCAAUGAGUUAGACAAACUCGCGGCCAACUGUCCACGGUGCUUUGGACCACCUGCUCCUGAUGCCAAAACAGAAGCAUUCGAGCCCGACUUCAUAUGCUGCUGCGAUGGCAAUUUUCAGCAUAGAAGGCAUCUUGCUGCGAGUGUACCUAUCCCUGGACUCAAUCCCGAAACGCCGGAACUCUUCAUCAAACCAGAAAAGGUCGAAUCGAUGGCUGAACUCAUACAGAAGACUGGUCCUAAAUCAAAAAAGACCAUGAAUAUGUGGUACAUCCCCAGGCCUGAUAUCCAGAACUCAAUUCCACGUUCCAGAAUCCUAAUUUUUUCUGAUCUCUUUUAUCCCUGGUAG